CCGACGGUUAACAAUUUCACUUCACUUAGUCACUUAUCCCUUACAAAAGUUACUUGUGGUUCACUUGAACCUUAUUUUGGCAGCACAAGUGAAAUUGUCGACGUCGGGCGCUUAUUCUCGCUUACUGGUGACCGGAGCGAGGUCGAAAGGGUGGCAGGGCUGGAAGUGCCAGCGGAAGAAGCCUUGAACAAGCCGGUGCGUGUGUGUCUGCAUGGUGUGCUACAGGAGAACAAGUGCUCAAUAUAG